AUGCCAUACCUGCUCACAUUAAUUCUCAUAUUAAAUUAUUCGUUCUGUGUAAUACAAUACCAAUCCAAGUAUUACGAUCAAAUAUUUUUAAAUCACUUUCAACUACCUGUUACAUCUAAUAAAUCUUAUAUAAUUUCUAGAAUCGAUUUGAAACGCCUGUAUCUAUCCAGUAUUGGCAUAUCUCCUGAAUCAAACACAAAUGUGCCGCGAGGUAUCGUCAUCUAUUCGCACCUAAAUUAUUUAAAACCUUCAUUAUUCAUUGCACCGUCAGCAAUAUCGAAAUUAUCUAUACUUAACAAGCAAACAAGCAUUGAUAGUUCGGGUGCUAAGGGAGGUAGAACAUUAGUAACUCUUGAAUGCAGUGAAAGCAAGAGACUUGGAACCAGAGCAUCGAGAUAUACAACCACAAAAAAUAAACUCAACACACCUGGUAGACUUCAGUUGAUGAAGUACAAUAGGUAUGCUAGGAAACAUACAUUACAUAAAGAAAUUAAGUAA